AUGUUGUCAUUAAGAACAUACGUCAGACCGCUCAUGUUAACGUUCUAUGCAUCGUCAUCAUCUAUUUCAUGGAAGGCAAGUAAUUACGCAGUAGAUGAUGAAGGGGUUAUUAGGUUGGAAAAGGACCCAUAUUGUAGACCAGCACAACUGUGUUUUCUUUGCUCCAGAAAGAUUGAAUUGGAUUAUAAAAACGCGCGUUUAUUGCAACAAUUCGUUUCAACGUUUUCUGGAAGGGUUUAUGAUCAACACAUUACUGGACUAUGUGACGGACAACAGAGACGAUUGUUGGAAAUAAUUGCUCUUAGUCGUCGUACUGGUUAUAUGCCAGUAUUUGUGAAAGACCCCAAAUAUUUAAAUGAUCCUAAACUUUUCGAUCCAUUAAAACCUGUCAGACCCCACAGUUAUGCUUGA